CUCUCAACAUUAUCAUCAACAGUCGAAAUUCGAACAGCGUAUUCACCACUCUUGCUCGUGAGCGAAGCAUCUCAUAGUUACAAUCUUAUCAAAAUUCUAAUUAACGAUACCUUUAAAGGUUGUUCUUAGGUAACGUCCAUCACGUUUUUUCCCUUUUGCCGAUGAGCAUAAGGACUUGACCAAGCAUUGAAUGUGUUAUCUUUGGCCGUGACUCGGCCCGAUUUCUACCCGGUAUAUUGAGAAUAGUCCUUCAAAUUCUCCCACAAAAGUCAUUCAUUUCAGCAUGUGUGCGGUUUUGAAAACUUCUGAAAAUUCGUUAAAAAAUAAGAAUGAGGAAGUAAGACUCACUCAUUGUAGAAUUGUGGGCAGUUUUUUUUUCUCUCCACCAACGAUGAAAGUAAUAAAAGAAAGAGAGUGUAGGUAUAAUUUUGCUAAGAGUGCUCUCCUUGAUUGGUGAGCUGACUACUCCUCUUGUAUAAAACCGAGGGCGAGGGGAAAGUAUCGUUGAAGAUUUGCUUGAUUCUUUACCCGAGUAAACUGUGUUCAGUUUUAUGUUCACAAACUUUAAAGUUCUACGAGUUAAAGUACCUACCUACCUUCAAUGUGUUUGUUUCACAGAUAAAUUCAUUGGUGAAUUGUACCAAAAAUGCUCUCUGUCAGAUCAGGGCCGCAUAAAUAAAAAGGAUACGAAAAACGAAUCUGACGACAUUUGCCCUUCAGUGAUAAAGUUGACGUGACUGGUAGUGCUUGAUUAGACGAGAAUUUGCGAAAAUUAUGUGUUGCCGUACCAGUGACAUAUAUAAAUGAGCAGAAUACAUCUAGAUAUAAGUUGUGACGAGUGCGGGUGGAAUAACUUUUCCGGAAUCCGCUAUGCUUGUCUGGUAUGCGAACAAUACGAUUUGUGUGAGAUGUGCUACUGUCAGCGCUGCAGCGGACAACAGCAUGUAGCUUACCACCCGAUGCAGGCGAUCUUCCCGAAGUAUCCCCUUUUCCAAGAUGAUCGCGAAGUCGCCAAAGAUGAUCUUCGGCUUUGCUGCCCUUACUGCGGCGAGAAAGAUCUGCGUGUGCACGAAAUGUUCCAACACUGUCAACGGUUCCACAGCUCAGAUACCAUUCCGGUUCGAUGUCCGAUCUGCUUGAUGGAUGAGGAUAGAAACCGGAAUUUGCUGCAGACUUCAUUGUUGGAACAUAUGCUGACACGGCACAAGGAAUACGAGCAUCAUGCCCAGGACUGUACGAUCUGCAUGGAACCGAUGGUAACGACGAGCAAUAUUGAAAAGUUGCAGUGUGGCCACCCGUUUCAUUCCGGCUGCAUUUCGAAUUGGCUGCAGAACAAUGAUAAUUGCCCAUUGUGUAGGGCGCCUGUUCGUAACCGUGGAAAAUUUAUUGAUGACGACGAGUUUUUACCGAUGUAAAGUGUUAUCCACCAGUGAAAAUAUAAAAACAGUGCCACCUUUUAUACGAAAUAGUUUUGGGUUUCAAAUCUUUAUUUCUAGCGAUUGAAUUGCGGAUGAAUUUUGGCUGUAGGCUUAAAAUAGCGCAAUUUUUACUAGUAUUAUAAAUCAUCAUCCAUACAAAUGGUGAUAUAGACUUUUAAGAAUCAAAUGAGUACAACGACACUGCUUUUAUAAAAAAAUCUGGAAAGUCUCAAUAGACAUUUGUAUGGAUGAUGGCUCAUGGUAAAAGUUCUAAGCUAUUUUAUAGUUUUAGCCAGAAUAUCAUACAAAUCGAAGCGCUAGAAACAGAGAUUUUGAGCACUUAACAUGACUACAUAUUUGGUAUGGAUUUCGGCAUUGUCUUUAUACUAGUUUCCACCACUGUAUGACGAUUUCAUUUCUGUGCUUUUACAAAUAAAGAACUACUGGUCCAUCAAUCAACAUCGUCUGGGUCAAAUAAUUAAUACAUCCGAAUUCUCCCUUGAACAAAACAAGAGGCUUUGCGUCCGCAUGUGCAACAUGUGCCCUACACAGGAAAUCCUUCAAAGAUUUCUCCAGGGAUUUAUUUGUGGAUUCAUCUAUGAAUUGUUUCGAUUGUUCCUUCAAGAAUUUAUUACUUCGAGAAUUUCUCCAGAAAAUCUUUCGAGGUUUCCUCCAGGAAUUCCAUUGAGGAUUCCUCCAGGAAUUUCUUUGAGGAUUCCUUCAGAAAUUCCCUCAUGGAUUCGUCCAGGAGCCAUCCCUGAGGAUUCUUUGCGAAUUAGCUGAGGAAAUUUCUUAAGAAAUUUACGAUCUAAUUCUUUAAGUAACCACUGCGGAAAUUUCUUGAGUUAUCCCUGAGAGAAUUCUGUGAGGAUGCUCUGAGGUAAUUUCUUGAGGUAUCCCUCUCAGGUAAUUCCUUAAGUAAUCUGUACGGAAAUUUCUUAAGGCUCAAAUUAGAAUCGCAUAUUAUCCGAAACUGAAAAAUCACUUUUCUCCAGAAUGACAAAAAAGUGAACAAAACCAUUGUGUCCGAUUCUCAUAAUUGACUAAAUAAACAAUCGGACAUUCUUAUUUUCUUUGAUUUGUUGAUCAUUUUGGAAAAAAGUGCUUUUUUAGUUCUGGGAUAUUUGCCAUUCUCAAUGGAGCCUUAAUGAAUCCCCGCGGAAAAUUCUUGAGGAUCCCUGCCGAAAUUUCGUGAGUAAUCCGUAAGGGAAUUCCUUGAGCAUUCUCUGAGAAAAUUUCUUGAGGAUCCUCUGAAGGAACUCUUUGAGGAUUUUCCGAGGAAAUUCCAUGCGGAAUCCCUGAGCAAAAUUCUUGAGCAAACUUUGUGCGAAUUCCUUCUCUCAAGGAUUCUCUAGGGAUUUUUUUAGAGAUUCUUUUCUGAUGUAAUAUCUUGAGAAUUCUUUGUGUAAAUGUUUCGAGUCAUCCCUGAGGGAAUUCCUUGAGAUUUCUGUGAGGAAAUUUCUCUGGGCACUGAUUCGGAAAUUUCCAGGGGAAUAUUUGGAUGAAUUCUCGGAAGAAUCUCUGGAAGAACUCCUGCAGGAAUUUCCAGAGGAAUUUUUGGAUAAAUCCCCGGAGAAACUUCUCAAGAAGUUUCUGGAGCAAUUUCUGUAUGAAUUCCCGAAAGGAUAUGUGAAAGGAUUUCUUGAAGAACCCUGAGAAAAAAAAAUUUGGAUGAUUUGCAGGAUAAAUUUCUUGAGGAAUUCGCGGAAGAAUCUCCCGAUACAUUCCCGGAGGAAUUUCAUAGUGAAUUCCAAGAGGAAUUUCUGGAUGGAUUCCUUUAUAAAUUUUUUGAAGAAUUCACAGAGGACUUUCUAUAGGAUUUUGUUUAAAGAAUAUCCGGACUUAUUUCCGGAGGAAUUUCUGAAAAAUUUCACGAGGAAUUUCUGCAAAGUUCCGAGAGAAAUUUGGAAGAAUUUCGGAGGAAUUCACGGAGAAAUUUCGCAAGAAUUUCGGAGGAAUUCUCAAAGGAAUUUCUUCAGAGAUUCCCGGAGGAACUUCUGGAGAAAUUCCUUGAGUAGUUUUUACAAGAAUAAACGGUGAAAUUUCUCGAGAAAUUCCCGUAGGAAUUUCUGGUGGAAUUCCCGGAAAAAAAUUGUGGAGGAAUUAUUGAAGGAAUUUAUUCUUUUUUAUCUGUAUUAACGAGAUUCUUGACCCUAGGCUAAAUAGUUCAUCUCGGGACCCACACUUACAUUUCUUCUGGAAUCCGUCCAAAAAUGGUUGUAGGAUUACAGUAUGACCCAUAAAAAAAUGCGACAUUCCAUUUUUUUGCAGUAUUUGAUGAUUUUUAAUGAAAUAAUCCCAAUGAAUUAAACUUUUUUGGAUUAGGAUACAAUAAGGAGGUCAUUGUCAUACAGGAUCUCUAAAAUUUUUGCCAAAAUAUUCAUUGGUUACGUAUAUGGGAUACCUUAUAAUUGUUAACAAUUUCUAAAUAAAAUCAAGUUUUCCUAUAAUUUUCAUAGCAAAAUGAACUAAGAUAAAAACUUUUAAACACAUGGAAACCAUGAAGAAAUAUGUACUCUUUAAUACGCCCAUGUUUGAAAAAUAUUUUAAAAAUAAUUUCAAAUGUUUAGGAAACAAAAAAUAAAAAAAAGGUGCUACAUAUUAAAAUCGUAUUUAAGAUAAAUUAAUAAAAAACUUAACACUGUUAGAACAUUUUUCAAAACAUUUUUUUGUCGAUGAAGGCAUAUAUACCUGCCUUUAUGAUAGGUACAAAUACUAUGUACUUAAAAACAAUUUCAUGCUUAAAACAUAAUAUUUUCUAAAAAUUAUCAUUUGUCAAAUAAUUAAAUUUUCACAAAAUGGCUUUUAAUUUAUAAGUUAAUAUUUUUUAUGCAAUUCAGUAUCAUAAUUUAUAUUUUAUAUAACUCAUUUUGAUAUCAUAAUAGCCAAUUUUUCCGAACUGGUUCAUUAUGCAACUGAAAUGAGUUGCAUAAUGAAAAAUAGUUGCAUAAUGUUCAUAAUGCAACUCAUUUGAGUUGCAUUAUGAACAUUAUGCAACUCAAAUGGGUUGCAUUAUGAAAAAAAAAUUGCAUAAAACGUUGUAUGGAACUCGUUGCAAAACUCGAUUUUUUCAGCACUCUUCGUAUUUAUCCAACUCGGCAAGCCUCGUUGGAUAAAUGUACGACUCGUGCUGAAAAAAUCAACUUUUUGCAACUCGUUACAUAAAUAACUAUUUCGUGCUUGUCCGACGAACCAACCAACUCCUGAAGACCUUAUCCAGCCAUAAAAGUACUAUUUUGAAAAUAAAAUUUGAUUGAAUGUGAUUGAAAGCAAUUGAAAGAAAAUUAUAUCCUUAAAAAACGGCCUCUGGCGCGUGGACGAUUUCGACAUCCAUAUGUUCAACGUUAUAUUUCCGAAGGUAUUUGCAUGGAAUCAGUCUAUGUUCCUUUGCCAUUAUAAGAUUAGUGGCUCUACUAUACUAUCCAAUAGAUACAGGCGAGGUUAAUCAGUUCGAAGUAGGGGAACGAUGACUUUGAAAACUGUCGCAUUUUUUUAUGGGUCAUACUGUACAUCUAGAAGAAUUUCUAGAUGGUUAUUUCAUAAAACUAGCUAAGAAGUAUUUUGUAGGGUUUUUUUGGAAGAUUCCUCUAGGUAAUCUUGUACGAUUUAGGUUGGGUAUCUAUAGCGAACGGAAACUAAGUAGAAUCGUACAAGUUUAUCUGAGUAGCUUUUGAAUUUUCUUUGAGUUUCCAAGAUGUUUUGCUUGAAAUCCUCCAGUAGUUUCUAUUGAAAUUCCCUCAGAAGCUUAAUCGAGAAUACCUCCAAGAGUUUAUUCUGAGAAUCCUCCAGGAAUUUCUUAUUUGAUUCUUGUAAGAGUUCUAGAGAGAGCCUGAACAUUUUAGACACCACAUCUACCCCAAGCAGAAGGAAAUAGCUACUGAAAAGAUUGAAGUGCCAUCUUUAUAAUAGCUUCCUACUGUAACCUUUAAUAGUUUGUAAUAUAUCGAUCGCAUUCUAGGAAUAUCUCGUCAUUAGCAUUAAGUAAGCAGUACCCAAGCAGACAAGAAUAUCGACAACCUAAUAAAAUGUUUCAAUGAUAUAUCAUACCGCCUUAAGUUACUUGCGAGUUAUAUACGUAAUUUCUUACAAAACUCAAUAUAUGUGGAGAAUUAGGGUAAAAUGAGCAUAAUAACAUUCGCGCGGUCACUGCCGUCACUUCUAAUGGAUUCGUUAUAUCAUAAUCCUCCAAACAAACGCUUCUUAACAUAUGGUAUGUGGGGGCAAGAUGGGUCAGGGGGCAAGAUGGGUCAUUACCGUUUUCAAUCGCACAAUAUUUGUUUUGAAUCUUUCAAUAAUUUUCCCAGAUGAACGACGGGGAUACACAAAAAAGUGGUAUAUUGUUUUGAAAAUUCUAUACGUUCCUCGCACAGAAAAAAAUAAAAUAUUUUUUCGUUAUACUCCUUAUGCUAUACAUUCCAUAUAACUACGUGUAUUGUGUAGACGGGGCAAGAUGGGUCACCCUAAUUUUUCGGUAUGUUUGCAUAGUUUUUGAAAAUGUUUUAUUUUUCAUGGAAAGGCUAUUCUGUGACCUACAUUAUCGAAGCGAUGAGAGCACUGAAAAUUUGAGAACAUAUUUUUUAAAUUUUCCUUCAAAAAAUAUAGGUUUUCAAAGUCCGUUUAUGGCUACCCGAACAAAAAUCUUCUAGUUCUGAGAAUAAUCUACCGAUAUGUAUCAACACUUUCUUCAUGUAAUCUGUACGUCUAUAAAGCUUAGAUGUAUAGAGAAAAACUAGAAAAUAUAGUAUUUUUUGAUGGAGAAAAAUCGAGUUUUCUAAUAGCUGACCCAGCUUGCCCCCGUUAAAAUGAGGUGGGGCAAGAUGGGUCAUGUUUUGAAAAUUGUUUGUCAAGAAGCAGGUUUCAAACUUUAUUACCUUUUUAUACUAUUAUAUCAUAGCUGACUAGUGUAUCUGAGAGUCGUGGUAGAAUACAGAGAAAUGCGAUUUAUAUUUAGAUAGUUAUAGUGAUCCAUUUCUUAGGUGACCCAUCCUGCCCCCACUAUCCAUACCAUAUAUGUUAUGGAGUUUCUUGUGAGUUUUUUAGAUACUUUCAUACAAUACUCUAAUAUGUGUGAGGAAUGAGAGUAAAACGAGCAUAAUUACAUUCGCGCGGUCACUGCAAUCACUUCUAAUGGAUUCCUUCUAUCAUAAUCCACAAAAGAAACCCUUUAUAGCAUACCGCUUUAAGUUUCUUGCGAGUUAUGUAUUUAAUUUCAUACAAAACUCAAUAUAUGUGGGGAAUUAGGGUAAAAUGAGCAUAACCAAAUUCGCGCGGUCACUGCUAUCACUUCUAAUCGAUUCCUUGUAUGACAAUCCUCCAAAUUACCGCUUCUCAGCAUACCACUCAUAUGUUUCUUCUGAGUUAUAUAGCUGAUUUCAUAUAAAACCCAAUAUAUGUGGGGAAUUAGGGUAAAAUGAGCACAAUUAUAUUCACGCGGACACUGUCAUCACUUCUAAUUGAUUCCUUGUAUUAUCAUCUACUAAAGAAACCCUUCAUAGCAUACGACCCUUAAGUUCCUUCUGAGUUAUAUAGCUAUUUCUUUUUGUAGAGUGACCAGGUGGUGCUGCAGGAUAGCUAUUAGCAAAGUCUGGAUCCUUUCCCUAUCUUCCCCCUACUAGGACCAAUACUCACGAUAGACUAGACGAUGUCGUCAACUUGAGCAAAGUGUGUAGUAAUUAGUCUAGUGUUGUUACAAAAAUAAAAGAAAUUAAUUAUUACAAAGGAUUAACAUAUCACAACAUAUAGAACCUUACAAAUACACAAACAAGAAACAUCACAAAUUGACGCAGCACAACAUAUAACAUAAAUGUGCCCUGUUAUCCAGAUGGAUAACAUCUUCCGAUCACAGGAUGACGAGGUUUCAUUUAUUGGUUUAGGUCCAUCAGUCAUCCUGGAAUUGUAUUUUAGUUGGCAGUAUGCCUUUUAGUUCACAGCAUUUGUUGCUGUGUUCAUAGCUUGGUUUUGUCUAGGAAAACUAAUCCUAAUCGGGCAUCCCGUUUCAGGGUUCGAUACUUGAGCUUAACAACUUGAAGUCCGUGGCAGGGAAAGGUUUACAUCUCUAUCACUUGACCGCUGCCCGAAAUAGCCUGAAAGUUGGCAAUCAAUAUUGGAUUGCAUUUCAUGGGCCUCUAUUUUUCCAGAACCCUAUAAAUGUAUAUUAAAACUCGGGGAAUAUUUACAAGUUAAAAUAAAACAUAUAACACAAAGAACGCACGAAUAUAGAAUUUAUAACACAUUUAACAAUUAUUCUGUCUUAUAAUUGUAACAAAUAUUUAUACCCGUAACACAAUCCAACGUUUGAGCAAGAAUUUUUUGUGAAUCGUUCACUGAUUCACGAAAAAUUCAGCUCCCAUAUGCUUCAUAUCCUUCAUAACAAUAGUGUUAAGGCCAUAUACUUAACACUACGAUAAAGAUAAAUAACUUAACCUAAACUCAAAACGAAACCAAAACGAGUUUUGCUACCCGAAAGCCACAGUGCUUUCCAGAAACGUAGCGGUGAACAGGACUAACAAGUCCCCAAAAAACACCUCAACUCAAAAAAGAUUUAUGUUACCCGAAAGCCAAACUGCUCUCCAGAUUUUGUAACGAAUAAAUCUUACCUCAACUAAACUUUACUUUUAUGGACGAGCUCUGGUCCACAAAAAUAAAAUGGCCUUAAAACUGUAGUUAUAAUCCAUCCAACUAGCUUUCAUUUGCAUACACGGGGUUUUUUAGUUGGGCGCCAUGUUACUAAAUACAACAUGGAACCCUACAAAUGCAAGGGCCCCACGUUGGGCGCCAUGUUACAAAAAUAAAAGAAAAUAAAUUAUUUCCAAAGGAUUAACACAUCACGAUACGUGGAACCUUAUAAAUGUACAAAUAAGAGACAUCACAAGUUGACGCAAGACAACACAAAACAUGAAUGUGCCCUGUCAUCCAGAUGGAUAACAUCUUCCGAUCACAGGAUGACGAGGUUUCAUUUAUUGGUUUAGGUCCAUCAGUCAUCCUGGAAUUGUAUUUUAGUUGGCAGUAUGCCUUUUAGUUCACAGCAUUUGUUGCUGUAUUCAUAGCUUGGUUUUGUCUAGGAAAACUAAUCCUAAUCGGGCAUCCCGUUUCAGGGUUCGAUACUUGAGCUUAACAACUUGAAGUCCGUGGCAGGGAAAGGUUUACAUCUCUAUCACUUGACCGCUGCCCGAAAUAGCCUGAAAGUUGGCAAUCAAUAUUGGAUUGCAUUUCAUGGGCCUCUAUUUUUCCAGAACCCUAUAAAUGUAUAUUAAAACUCGGGGAAUAUUUACAAGUUAAAAUAAAACAUAUAACACAAAGAACGCACGAAUAUAGAAUUUAUAACACAUUUAACAAUUAUUCUGUCUUAUAAUUGUAACAAAUAUUUAUACCCGUAACAGUGUGCAGCAGCAAAGCCAUAUUCGCGCGCGGUGGCUUCAAGUGAUAUUUUUAUUUUUUUAAAUUCUUUUUAAUUAUUUUUUUUUCUGGGCCUCGACGAGGGAACCCAGCAUUCGUCCGACUACAAGAGAUGCAGUGAGUGGUGUGAAAGAAUGAACAUCAUUCAUGUGGUUCGUCGACGGGCAAUUUUGAUCUACUACUGGGUACUGCAAUCAGUAGCAAACACAGAGAACCAGCUGAAUAUCCGGUGAGCUCGUUCCUUGUUGUUCUUUGGAAGACCAAUUUAAGAACAUCCCAACUAACAAUGAUAGCUGAUUAACAGCUUAUUCAGCCAAAAUUUUUUAAAAAUAAGCCUAAGAGCGGUUUAUUCGUCUGUUGUACAGCAACAAUGUUUGUUGCGAUGUUUGGUUAGAUUCAAUAACAACUUAAUAAAAGUGAAUUCGAAAACUUGAUAUUGAUGUGUUUCUUUUUAACUUAUCUUUGAUUUAAUGCUAUUUUUGCCAACAAAGUUCACUUUUAUGAAAUGUGGCGGGUAGAAAUCAUAUUGCUUACUUUCCUUCUUAUAAUUCAGAUUAUUUUUAGCUGGGGAAAUGAUCGUUAUGUUUCCAUCACGUUUCAGAGAGCGAGCAAUGGCGCUUUAGCCUUUAGACUUUCGAGCCAGGACAUAAGGGACAAAUACCUAUGCCCCAUCCUUGGCCCCAUCCCAGUAAGAGGAGCUCCAACGGAUUGUGGCUUCGUGGUCGUGCGACUACCCAGUCAACCAGUGAUCGUAUAGGAUGUUGCGUAAGAUGCUAAAGUGGAGGCGAUAUGCGUACAUUUUACAUGCGCCUAAACGGAGACAUGCACGUAUAUGGCCUCCGGUUUAUCAUCUUGUGCAACAUAUUAUACGAUUACUGGUUGUCUGGGUAGUGUCACUAAUCUACAAUGCAAUUGGGUCUUUAAACUAGGAAUAAUGUAUUGAUUUUAUGAUUUCAUACGAAAGAACACCUUUUUCUGAGCCACUAUGAUUUUUUUCAGAUUUUUAGAACUUUAUUUUGAUACCUAAAAUCAAUUGCAAAGAGAUUUUCUGAAAUCACUUUUUGACAGCUGGGCAACUGCUUGACAGCUCCGCUCAGUACAAAAUGCGACGAGGGGUGAUUCGUCAAAUCGCUCCCAUACAAACUUCAAACUGAUUUUUAAAUAGGUUCCCGGGCACCAAAAUUCAUGCAAAUUUGGGUUUCGGCUCAGUUGGGCAUGCAGAUUCAGGAAAUGAAAUUGUCUCAACACCGCUAAAGAAGCCAAUUGUGACAAAGUGACCCGUAAUUGUGUGAUGCGUGUGUGUAGUUUCUCGUGCAAAUGAUUCUUACUGUUUAUAGUUUUUGUUUUGUUUUGUUAUAUCAUUCACUAGAAUUCGACAGAUAGGGUACAAUUAAGUAGGUAGAAAGAAGUAGGGGAAGUUAGUUUGGCAUACGCUUCGCACUUGAGAUAACGCCACAGCAACUGAUAAAAUUGCGAACAGAAAGUUAGCUUAGGUGAACAUAGUAUUCAGUUUCGGUUGUUCCAGUCGUUCACAAGUUGUUCUCCCUAGUUCCCUAGCUCCCUACAGUGUUCAAAAUGAGUGAUGAACAUAGAGGUGUUAGCUGUGACUACUGCCUAGAUCACAACUUCACUGGCAUACGGUACGCUUGCCUGGUGUGCGAGAAUUAUGAUUUAUGUGAGGAUUGUUUUGGAGGACGAUAUUCCAACUUAUUGCACAAGCCAUACCAUCCAAUGCAACAGAUUCUAACAGAAGCAGAAUUUUCCAAAAGGCUAGAUGAAAGUGAGUCGGACGAAGUGUGCACGUUUCGCUGCCCAUAUUGCGGCGAUGAUGGCUUCACCGCUAAUACUCUGACCGCGCACUGUGAAUCUUAUCAUUAUGAAGGUGGACAUCCGGUUCGAUGUCCAAUAUGCCUUGUAUACCAAGAGAUUGAUGUAUUUUUCCUUAGAAAAACGUUAUACCAGCAUAUGCAAAAACGGCACAAUGAAUACUGCACUUCGACGGAAGAGGUUUCAAAUUCCAGCGAAGCACAAGAAUGUCCCAUCUGUAUAGAGCAAAUGCCGUCGAAUUAUAAUACAAGGUAUCUUUCCUGCGCACAUCAAUUUCAUUCAGGAUGUAUAAACGUGUGGCUUCAAAAUAAUUCUAGUUGUCCAGUAUGUAGAAUUGAAGUAGACCAAUAAAAGUGAAUACACAUACAACA